CCUUGGGAAAAAAACAUCAAUGUCGACUUAAAGUCAGGGAGCCUGCAGAGCUAGUACUUGGUGGCUUGGAGGAUCAGCGAGACCAGAGGCCAACCACUGCGUUGUCAUCCUGUGUCAAAGUCUAAUCACCACUUUUGAUGCCAAGACACUAAAAUAGGAUCCUUUGGCAGAAGUUGUUCAAUAAUCCUCCUUUUCCUUUCCUCUCUCUAUCAGUCCCUCCAUCUUUCCUCCCAUCCAACUGUGGCUAAAGCUGACACUCAACCUGGACUCGAGUCAGCAGUUCUGGCAAGGCUGACCAACGUCUGUCAGGGGCAGGGUGAAAAACUGAGAGAAAGAUGAAGAGGAACAGAGUUGGCUAGCUAUCCAUGGUUUUGGUGUUGGUCAGAUGGGGUAUUUUCCUGUCAUCAAAUUGUUCCAACUGAGGUGUGGAUGUCUUCUACUUCUUGAAAGAAAUUAACUCUGCUGCUUCUAUGAUUGAUGUUCUUCUUGCCUGACCUGUUUGAUGGAUUGAUGACUUCUCAAGUGGCAGUGUCAAUGACCCUAGCAAUAUGCCUUUGGUCAAAGAAACGGUGGACAGACUGUUAAAAGGUUAUGAUAUACGACUGAGGCCAGAUUUCGGAGGUCCUCCAGUUGGAGUGGGAAUGAAUAUAGAUAUAGCCAGCAUAGACAUGGUAUCAGAAGUCAAUAUGACUCCCCAGCACUUGCGCACACCCACACCCACUGCGGCUAUGUUGGAGAUGAAGAGCCUUUUCCCCACAGAGAGGACACGUGAAAGACACGGGAGCUGGAUGUUAAAAGACUACACAUUGACAAUGUACUUCCAGCAGGCCUGGCGAGACAAGCGGCUGUCCUACUCAGAGAUCCCACUUAAUCUGACCUUAGAUAACCGGGUGGCUGACCAGCUCUGGGUCCCCGACACCUACUUUCUCAAUGACAAGAAGUCGUUUGUUCAUGGUGUCACAGUGAAAAAUCGAAUGAUCCGACUACAUCCAGAUGGCACCGUAUUGUACGGUCUAAGGAUUACUACUACAGCUGCAUGUAUGAUGGACCUAAGAAGGUAUCCACUAGAUGAGCAAAACUGCACACUUGAGAUAGAGAGCUAUGGUUACACCACUGAUGACAUUGAAUUCUACUGGCGAGGAGGAGAUAAUGCUGUGACAGGGGUGGACAAGAUUGAACUUCCCCAGUUCUCCAUUGUGGAUCAUAAGCUCAUCUCAAAGAAUGUUGUCUUCUCCACAGGCUCUUAUCCACGUCUUUCCUUGAGUUUCAAGCUAAAGAGGAAUAUUGGAUAUUUCAUCCUGCAGACAUACAUGCCUUCUAUCCUCAUCACCAUACUCUCAUGGGUUUCUUUCUGGAUCAACUAUGAUGCCUCUGCAGCCAGGGUGGCUCUAGGUAUAACCACGGUGCUCACCAUGACAACCAUUAACACCCACCUGAGAGAAACCCUUCCCAAAAUCCCUUAUGUCAAGGCCAUAGACAUGUACCUCAUGGGCUGCUUUGUGUUUGUCUUCCUGGCUCUGCUCGAGUAUGCACUGGUGAACUACAUCUUCUUUGGCCAGGGUCCUCAGCGUCAGAAAAAGGCUGCUGAGAAGAUAGCAACAGCAAACAAUGAAAAGAUGAGGAUGGAUCCAAAUAAGUGGCUGGUGGGAAAUGUAGUUGGCAGAGAUGAUACUCUGUAUGCAAGAAUGAAAUCAAGAGACCUAGCUGGCCAUGAUUCAAUUUGGGAACCGAUCUUCAUGGAUGAUGCAGCAAUUGGGCUUGGUGAUCAAAAGCACAAGAUGGAUGCACACGAAAACAUCCUCUUGGGGACUCUGGAUAUCAAGAACGACAUGGGAGUUACAGAGUUAGCUCUGGGUCUCAAUGACCCAAGAAAUACCAUGUUAACAUAUGACAGCUCAAAUCUGCAAUAUCGCAAAUCAGGGCUGGCAAGGCACAACUUUGGCCGAAACGCACUGGAGCGCCACAUGACUCAAAAGAAAAGCCGACUACGAAGGCGGGCCUCUCAGUUAAAAAUCACUAUCCCAGACUUGACUGAUGUAAACUCCAUUGACAAAUGGUCACGGAUGAUCUUCCCAACUGUUUUUUCCUUCUUCAACAUUGUUUACUGGCUUUACUAUGUCAAUUAAAGACACAGCAAGUGAGUGUAAGCAAGAGCAACAAAAUUAAAUAAGAAUUUACUGUUUGUAUUUGAGUGACUUCAUAUUUAUGUUCUCUUGUAAAACUAGAUGGAAUUGCUGUAUUUGAGACUGGAUCCAUAAUUUCUUGGAACACAAUCUUUGCUGGUUAACACACAAAAACCUUAUUGAAAAGAGAUUACACACUUAUAAGGUGCCUGUUCCUAAAUAUUUGUUUGAACUGUUACAUGAUUUCUUUCUUUUUUGUACUUUGCCGUUUCUAGGUUUGACUCCCGUUUGUUUAUUAAUUGUUAAGUUAAUUCAGGAUUAAAUUACACACUUUGUUAACAAGAGUGUCAAUUAGAUACGAACUGAUAUUAAAGAAAUUCAAAAUUAUGUUUACCUUUACUGAGGCAGCUUAACAGUGAUGUAACUAACUUCCGGUCAACAGGGUUAUCUCACAAUAAUCAUGUCAAAGACUAUUGGCUGUCAGUGGUCUAUCUAAUUGCAUACAAUUGCUAUAAAAAAUUAAAAGACUUUAGAUUUACAAUUUACUAUAUUAUAUAAAGUUUACAUUUUUAUAACACCAUGAUAUUUUUAAACUUUAUCCUAUGUAAUAAAUUGGUGGCACUACAUAAUUGUAUUUUCCUGACAUUUUUGUCAGUUUGUCUUCCUCUUCUGUAAAAUUACAAAUGAUAUAACCAACAAAUGGCACUCUGAUCCUUCAGGAUUUGAUUUAAAAUAUCCUUAAUAAGCUUGUAGGUUCAAUAAAAUGUUGCAACAAAGCAAACAUAUGACGUGACAAAACAAAAAAUAAAACACUUAAUCACCACUUUUGUCAGGUCCACUGUAUCAAAAUCCUGACAGAGUAGAGAACAAAAGAGUAACAAAAUAAAACAUAUCAAGGUUUUGUAAUUAAACAAACUAACUAACUGAACAUGGUAAAAUUUUGAUUUUACUUAACAACAUAUACAGAUAUAAAAAAAAUAUUAUGAAAAGGCUAAAUAUUUUCAUCACUUAUUUCAGAAAGUGAAACUUAUAAAUUAAAUCGAUUCAUUACAAAGAGAAUGAAAUAUUUAAAGCCUUUAUUUCUACUAAUAUUGCUAAUUAUGGCUCACAGAUAAAGUCAGAAAGUUAUUGCUAAAGAAUCAUGUUUCUCACAGUGUUCUGUUUUCAAGCAUAUUCAUAGAAAAUUUUGUGGAAGAAAAAAGUGAGGUGGGGAAAUAUGCCCCACCUCCAAAGUCCUCGUUUCUGUCAAAAGUAAAGUUUACAUUUUAUUUUGAAAUCAACAUCCCAGAGUCUGGAGGAAACAGAGAGGCAUAGAAUCCACAUUGCUUGAAGUGUAGUGUGAAGUUUCCACAGUCAGUGAUUUGGGGUGCCAGGUCAUUUGUUGGUGUUAGUCUAAUGUGUUUUCUGAAGUCCACAGUCAACACAGCAGUCUACCAAGACAUUUUAGAGCACCUAUUGCAACCUGGGCUUCCAUUACACUGCAGCUGUGCCACAAUCUAAAGCCUCCAUGCCACAUUGCAAUGAUGCAUGUAAUUCAUGCAAAGGAGGCACAACCAAGUACUGAAUGCAUAAAAACAAACAUACUUUUUAAAAUCUGUUUUUUAUUGAUGUUAUGUAAUAUUCUAAUUUUCUGAGACUGAGUUUCCAUUAUCUGUAAGCCAUAUUUAGGAAAAUUACAAGAAAUAAAGGUUUAAAAAACCUUAUUCUAUGUAUAAUGAAACCAUAUAAUAUGAGUUGCACUUUCUGAAAUGAGUGACAAAAAAACAUUUUCACAAUAUUCUUUAUAUUUUAGAUUUUCCUGUAUACCCAGUCCACAUGAUUUGAGAUAACUGUUAAUUUUAAAGCAGCUGUCUAUGUAAAUAUCAUUUGUAUAUCACUUACUAUAGAAUACUAUCAUGUAAUAAAUUACAAAUUCAACCUUGAUUUCUUCUAGACUUAGAUUAAGCAUCACUGUCAACAGCUAAAAGCACUUUUAUUAGGUAUACUGAUAAUUUUUUUUGUUUGUUAAAAGCAGGUUCUGCAACUAAAAAGGACCCCAUGGUGCAUUUAAAUGGGCAGAAUGUAAGACAAAAUACAUAGGUUUACAUCUCCUUCAGUAUCAGGUUAUAGCUCUUUUUUAUUAAUUAUAGACUGAAUAAUAUUUUAAGUUGGGAUUUUAAUAGGUUUACUGACUUUAUUUCCUUGUAAACAAUCUUAAAAAACAUCUUAAUAUCAUAGAUUGAAAACCACUUUUAAAAAAUGUUUUCAUUUCAGAAUGAGGCUAAUUAAAAUUUAAAACAAGCUUUCCACAAUGAACUAAGAAGUUGUGCUUUGGAGUGCAUGGUUAAAAGAUUAUUUUCAGAUAUUUCACAAGCCAUAGAGGCUUAACCAUACUCCUGGCACCUGGUGCCUCUGGUGCUUGUCUCAAGGAAACUUAACAACUUAUAAUCACACUUUGUUUUUGUUGUCACAAAAUAAUUAAAACAGGGCUGCAGCUUACAAUAUAUACCUAUUAUACUCAGAUCUCAGAUUCUUACUGCAUAACUGAACUAUGAAUUAUGAGGUCCUAAGAACUAAAUCAAAUCAAAUUUAAGAUGUAAAUUGUCAAGUUAAGAAACUUGUUGAGGACACUCAAGAAUGAUGUACAAAACUAAAUAACUUAAUAAGGACUUCUAAUUUUUUAUCUACAGAAACAAUGCUACUCUGGAAUAUAGGGUAGUUAGAAAUAUCUUCAGUGAAAACAUAAGUGCACAUAUCAGAAUAUUACAAUGCUUCCAUUUAACUGUUUUUGGGCUUGUGUUUCAUGCUUGUUAUAUCCAUUUCCAAGAUUGAAAUUGAGAAUAAUGUAACAACACAUUAAAACGCUAAUUAAGAUAGCAGCAGAAUGUUCCCAAAGAGUAAUAAUGCUACUUGUGAUACACCAAACUCAGGCAUCAAUGCAUAGCACAAUGGCCACCCAAAGUUUUGAUGACAAAGUUUUCAGCUCAAAUUUAGGUUCACAAAGCAAAAAUUUUAAAAAGGAAUUUGUCCUGUGUGCAGGACAUAGUUAAAAAUGUUUUCUGAUUGCCGUACCUUUAAUACAUAUUGAACGAGAAGGAAUUUAAAAGGGCUCUGUAGUAUACCCAGUGUGCCUGUAAUUCACCACAGUGGUAAAAGGCAACGUGUGACAAAAAACAUAAUGCGAAACAUUAAAAUUCCAGCAUUCAGCUGAAACGUUGCAAAUUCUGUUUUGUUGUGAUCAUUAUUGUUAGGCUGCUUUGACAAAGGAAGUGGCGGGCGCAGUGCACUGCUUCAGAAACCAUUCUUGUGAAUAUGUUGUGCAGCGGCAAAUAGUGUCUGUGUUUUGUAGCACAACAUACUGCAGAGCCUGCCACAAUGCGCCUUAUGUCCAAAUUAAAUUAUUUUAACCUUUGUGUCAUAAUUUGUAACAUUAUCUUAGCAUACCCUAUAAGAUUAACUCAUGCUUGCCAAAUCCAUGUCUUUGUGUUUGUGGAAGGCUCACUGAAACUGAUCACAUUGACAUGAGGAAACAUUAGGUUAUUGCAAUUGAUUGAAUUAUAAGAGUGGCAUGAAACGCUGCGAUAGUGCUCUCCACUCAGUGUCAAGUGAACUCCCGCAGUUCACCACACUAUUGCUAUUCACUUUCUUCUUCUACCUAUGAUCAGUGAAUGUAGGUGCAUGUAAAAAACAACUUUACUUGUACAACCUAACCUGCCAAGCCAGUGCACAGUUUCAAGGUGUGUUCCCUUCUCUCCAACUCCAAGAACACAGAGGUGAACAAAACUCAUGCUGCUUCCUAUCUAAAGGCAACCUUACUCUGAUGACCACCAGAAUACAUUAGGGAGUCCUUCAGUAAAAGUGAAAGUCUAACUUUCUCUAAAUAGUAUUUAAUGUAGCUCUCAAACGUUAUCCUGAAGACACCAUCUGUCACAUUAUCAGCAUUUUCUUAUCUGAAUGUUUAUGCUCACGAAGACCCACAGUCCCCUCUUUGAAUUGACUGUUGACUCUGCUGUUGAUUUUGAUGUGUCCUAAUCCCUCCAUUUGGGUUAUUUAUUCCCUUGAAUCCAGAAUUUCAAUUGUUUCAUAAACCAGGGGAAAAAGGUGUUUCCAACUAGGUGUUUUUCUGUGACAAAGGAGAAAUCUAUGCUCCAUACCUGUGUUUACUUCCUCAGAGCUCACCUAAAUUUACUGUAUAGAUGAUCUUGAUUGAAAAAGUGAUUACUAUAUCCUUUUUCUGUGCUGCAAAUCAGUAGCUCCACAUCCAUUCAUUCAACAGAUUCAAGGCCAAUCGAAGUUGGAUUUUCUUUCCAGAAAAUACUUCGCUUUGUGAUUACCAUAAGGCAUUUGCAGGCAGUGUCAUCAAAUAUGGUACAUCAUCAUCCAUAAGCAGUCAGGAUUCAAAAAGCUUUAAAACAGCCUCUUCUUAUCUAAAAAGCUGGUUUUAAAAACUGCUUGUCUUCUCUGAAAAACAAUAGAAAGGCUAAGUCAGAUUUAUUCAUGUUUCAUAUUUUCAAUAUUUUUACUUUGUAUAGAUUUAGAAUAAGAUGAUCUGUGCCCUUUUAUUGAAAAAUGGUUAACCUUUACAUCUUUAUUAUUCAGUUCACCUGACACAAAAAAAGUUACAAGAGUUUAUUAUUCUUAAUAUGUGAGUGGAGAAAGGUGCGUCAAAAUUAAGCACAAUAAAUAUGAAUUUGUAAAUUAAUGUGUUCUUUAGGCUCUGGCAGACAUGACAGACCGCAUCGUCUGUUUCCUUUGUUUAUGUUUUUACACAUUUCUAAAUUGUAUCUGCUAAGUGCAGAUUCAUAUCACAGAGAUAGUAUACAUAUGCAAAUUAUUGCAAUUUCUCAAAAUAUACCUGAAAGGAUACUUGAUAAUUCAUUACAAAUGGAAUAGUAUGUGUUUAUAAAAUACAUAUAAGUGACAGAAGCAACAUUUUAAAUAAUUCAGAUGCAUAUUCCUGUUGUGGUUCAUUGCAAUUUACUAACCCUGCCUGACAACUGACACUAAACCUCUCAAUAUUACCUCACUGGUGUUACAUUGAUAUUAAAACUUAUCAUUGAUUUUUCACUUAUUAAAACAACACAGAAAAACAUUUUUAGAUUUUGUUCCUUCAAAGUACAUAAUUUAGUGGUCAAGAGAAAGGUCCUGAGAUCGAUUUGUUUGUGCUAUUUCCUAUUGUGCCUUAUCAGUAUUAAGAUUCAUAUGGGAAUAAUUUAAAAUUAAUUACACAACAUGAGGAAAGUAGCAUAAACAAAAAUAAAACUUAGAAAAGUAGGUGUUUCAUUUUCAAAAUACAUCCAAAUAAAAUUUAGCCAACAUUAGGGCAAUAUAAGAAAAAGACAAAAAUGUCUCAGAACAAAAUGCAAACAGAAGCUGAUGAACAAAGUGCUCGAAAAAUAUUAAAGAAACAACAUAGAUCAACAAGCAAAUGAAUGUGAAGAGCUGAGAAUAUGUAAUAUAUUUUCUGCAGUAUUUUUCAUUGGGGAGGAUGUAAGCGUGACCUUAGUGCUGGUGAAAUGGCCAUCAUGGCAAAUCACUGAAUAUUACAAAGACAGUAAUAAACAAUACACUCAGAAUGAACAACUGGGUUAAAACAAAAAAGCCAAAAAAAAAAAACAACUAUUCAACUAUGUAUAUAAGGAAAGAUCACCAGUCUUAAUUUGGAACAUAUUAUUGCUGUAAAUACACAAAAUUUAGACAAAAUUUCAUUUCCAGUUUUUUUAUUGUUAUGUAUUGCAAAAACAGAGGCUGUUGUGAAAGUAUGUAAAUAGUCUGCUUUGCAAUCACUUCUCCUACUUUGUUUAUCAAAGUACAUAGCAUUGUUUUUAACCAAAGUGUAAAAUUGUCUUCAUGAAUGUGGUUCAUUCUUUUUCACCAUGGAUUUGCUCUAAUAUGUCAGCAAAUAUAAGUUUUAGAUCACAUGAUUUACAUGUGAUAGCAAAGAGAUUGAAUUUGUACUCAGCGACAUUUGGCCACCAAAUCCUUACAGAAUACCCAUGCAAAAAAAGCACUAGAAACGUGCUAGCCAGUAAGUUCUAUUUUAAUUUGGUAGUGGUCGCCUCCACACCCCUGCCAGUCUUUCUGGUGCCACCAUGGGAAAUCACCCAUAUGGCCAAAAUCACAAACAGCCACUCACUUGAAUGACCAUAUUUAAUGAUUAAAUAUUUUUUCUUAAAAGAGAGAUGCUUUGUGAGCUUGUUUCUGAUUAUUUUCUUUUCUUACUGUUCUUAUUUUGAGCGCCUCACAUCUUAAUUUAUACUAUAUACACAAACAUAUAGAGCAUAGACCUUUUGUUCUACUCAAGACAAAAUCUAGCCAUUUAAAAAUAUUUUUAAGUGUCUUUAACAGACUAAAUCCACCUUAGCUAGAGUUAUAGCUUUGUAAUAUUCAGAGUAAUAUCAUACAUGGUUUGACGUGGUACAUUUAAAUGUAAGCGUACUAGGAGUGAAUGUUUUCCAGAUACAUGUGUUUUAAAGCACAAGUAAAAUUCUACAUUUUGGAUAUGUGUUUGUAAUUCACACUGCUUUUUUGUUAUUUUGUUUCAUAUAUUUUUCUACUUCUAUAUUCUAUGUAAAGAAAAGAAUACAAUUUUCAUAUUUAUAGUAUUGAGAAAGAUUACAUUGCCCUAUACGGCAUAAAAUGUUAAGAUAUUCAUUAGAAUGAAAUCCUUUCAUAAUAAAUUGUGCAAAAUUCAAAGCUACAAAUUCUCCAGUGGUUUGAAAUUGUGUUUUUAACUUUUGUUGUGUUUGCUUGACGGUUGUACAAAUGCAAGGUUUACUGUAGAGAGCUAUAUCCUCUGGAAAGUAGAAGACUGAUGUUGUCGAAGCUUACACAACACAUUUUGAAAAUGGUUUAUGUUUGCACACACUCACAGAAGAAGCCUUAGCCUCCUGCUCCCCUGGACCUCCUGCCAAACUGUUUUAGCCCCUCUUCACCUUCUCAACACCCACAGCCCUGAAACUCAGAGCUCUUCACUUCUUAAAGAUAAGCCCUGUAAAAAGUCAGUUUUUGUCUUUACUAUAAAAACAAUGGAAUUUACUACAUUGUCAAUAAAUAUUGUACACAGUUCUGAA